CUGUGUGCCCCACCUCCUGGGCUCCUGCCCUCCUCUCAGCCAUCCGCCGUUGCCAAGGUUUCCGUGUACGCGCUGCCUGUGAGAGCGGAGCCGCGCGAUUGUCAUACAGUAUUGCCAGACAUGGCGGCGGAUAUACAACCCGAGUGGAUUUCUUGUCUCCCUUCUUCCUGGAGUUAUGGGGUUACUCGGGAUGGACGCGUCUUCUUCAUUAACGAAGAAGCCAAGAGUACAACCUGGCUGCAUCCAGUAAGUGGCGAGGCGGUAAUAACCGGGCACAGAAAAACUCCAGACUUACCCACAGGAUGGGAAGAAGGAUAUACUUUCGAGGGCGCACGGUGCUUUAUCAAUCAUAAUGAGCGGAAGGUGACCUGCAAGCAUCCUGUCUCAAACUUACCCUCUCAAGACAAUUGCAUCUUUGUCGUCAACGAACAAUCUGCCUCCAAAGUGCCGGCGAAUGAGAAGAAGGAACGGCCACUAAGCACCAUGAGUGAGGCCUCCAACUACACAGGCGGCUCGGACUACGCCGCAAACCCCAGUAGCCCAGCAGGAAGACCAUCAAGACCUUCCAAAAAAAUUCACAACUUUGGGAAGAGAUCCAAUUCCAUCCGAAGGAACCCCAAUGCACCAGUGAUCAAGAGAAACUGGCUUUAUAAACAGGACAGUACAGGGAUGAAGCUGUGGAAAAAGAGGUGGUUUGUGCUGUCUGACCUGUGCCUCUUCUACUACAGAGAUGAAAAAGAGGAGGGGAUACUUGGCAGCAUCCUCCUACCAAGCUUUCGUGUUUCCAUGCUGUCUGUGGAUGAUCACAUUAACAGAAAAUAUGCCUUCAAGGCGACGCAUCCCAACAUGAGGACAUACUAUUUUUGCUGUGACACAGCCAAAGAGAUGGAGUCUUGGAUGAAAGUAAUGACAGAUGCUGCACUUGUGCAUUCAGAGCCAGUCAAAAGGUUGGACAGACUAAAAGUGGAGCAGUGUGGACCACAAGAGAUCAACCAUGUGGCCAACCACAGGCUGCCACUGACACAGCCUGAAAUCCAGAAAAAUGAACUCAACCGUGAGGCUGACUGUGAGCGCACUGCAGCAAUUACCCCCACCACAGCAGAAGAAGAGAGGAAGCAGCGAGACGCCGAGCGAUACGGCUUCCAGAAGGAUGGGGCGGAGCGCGAGCGUCCACUCACCAAGAUCAACAGUAUCAAACUGCAGCCAGCCCAGGCAGCAGCCAUCAAGGCUAACAUCGCCUCACCCCAGACUCCGACAGAAAUGGACGGUCCGCACCGCAGCCCUCAGGUCAAUGGAUCCGGGGAGCAGUGUCCAGCUGAUGGGACUGAAGUCCCUCCUCAGCGAAGUCCCACCCAUGAGCCAGACCGCACCCUGAGUAGGACCAGUUCUAUGCAGCAACUAGAGCAGUGGGUCCGCACACAAAGAGGACGCAACCAGGAUGAUGACACAAGGAGCAUUACAUCAUACCAGACGCUACCUAGAAACAUGCCUAGCCAUCGGGUACCAUAUAUGCCUCAUUAUGGCGAUGGAUACUGCAGUAUGCCUAGGAAUAGCAUGGCACAGCGGGACAGCAUCUGCAGCAUAUCGCCAUCGUUGUACGAACAGGCCCUGGGUCCCUCUGGAACUGACAAGCGUCGCUCAAUGCGAGACGACACCAUGUGGCAGUUAUUUGAGUGGCAGCAAAGACAGGCCUACACCCGGACGCCGGGGCUCUACAGCAACAUGGCCAGUCCCAAAACCAUGAUCAACCUGUCGGAGCAUGCUGCACCGAGCCACUCCAUCCCCCCCUCGCCCUCACACGGCUCCCUGUCUAUGUACGGUGGCUACUCGCCGAUGAGAUCCUACAACAUGAACAAUGCUCGUUCAGAGGUGUCCUCGCCCAUUUAUAGAGGAGACAUGAGACGACAAAGGCCACAAGUCAACAAGUAUGCCUACCCACCUGAUAGGAGGUCUAUGCCUGCAGGGAUCCCAGUCCAGACUAUCACUGCCCAGUCUCUCCAAGGCAAAACACCUGAGGAACUGACUCUGCUGCUGAUAAAGCUGCGGCGGCAGCAGGCAGAGCUAAACAGUAUCCGGGAGCACACUGUAGCACAGCUUAUGCAACUAAACAUGGAUGGCGACAACCCAAAGAACGACAUUCUCUCCCAUCACCUCCAAAGGAACCUCAUGUAUUUGGACAAUCAGAUGAAGGAAAAUGAGCCUUUAAUCGCCAUGACUCACACUUUGAUUGAGAACUCUGCCCCAAGGCCUCAACUUUACCAGCAAUUGAGUCCAGAAGACUACAGGGAACACGCCUACACAUGUAUGCCAGAAGAAGUGGACAUUGAUACCAAACUUAGCAGGUUGUGUGAGCAGGAUAAAGUGGUGAGGACACAAGAGGACAAACUUCAGCAGCUGUACAGAGAGAAGCACACCCUGGAGACAGCACUGCUCUCAGCCAGCCAGGAGAUAGAGAUGGGCUCUGAAAACCCUACUGCCAUGCAAAGUGUUAUCCAGCAGAGAGACUUACUGCAGAGCGGCCUGCUCAGCACCUGCAGAGAGCUCUCCAGAAUUGCAGCUGAGUUGGAGCGGUCGUGGAGGGAGUACGACAAGCUGGAAGGAGAUGUCACCCUGGCUAAGAACAACCUCCUGGAGCAGCUUGAAGCACUGGGAAGCCCUCAGACAGAGCCUCCGAGCCAGCAGCAUGUCCGCAUCCAGAAAGAACUUUGGAGGAUCCAAGACGUGAUGGAGGCCCUAAGUAAAAAUAAAGCUCAGAGAAAUGCUGAUGGUACGAACGUGUAUGGGCCCAAGGGCAACUUCAGCAAGCACAAAAAUGAGGAGGAGGACUCGGUACCCCCGCGGCCACCCCUACCCCAGUCCUAUGAGCCCAACCCCCCCAACGUGCCCCCUAUGCCCUCUCAUGCUGGUGUGCGCCCUCCAUCACUCCACAGGCCGGAGGACAGGAAGGCCAAUCACAGGAAUGGCACGCACAGCGGUCCAGACUACAGGCUGUAUAAGAGUGAACCAGAGCUCACCACAGUGGCUGAAGUGGAUGAGAGCAACGGAGAGGACAGAUCUGAACACCCGUCUGAUAGAGAUCAUUCUGGAAACAAAGGGAUCUCCUACCCAGUUGGCAUUGUCCCACCCAGGACCAAGUCUCCAGUGCCUGAGUCUUCCUCCAUUGCUUCAUAUGUUACCUUGAGGAAGAGCAGGAGGCCCGACCCCAGGACGGAGCGUCCACGCAGCGCCGUGGAGCAGCAGCUGUGUGCCGGGGAAAGCAGCCGGCCCAGGAUGAGCGUGGAGGAGCAGCUGGAGCGGAUCCGCCGCCACCAGCAAGGUGCCCUCAGGGAGAAAAAGAAAGGCCACCACAUCCGGGGCAGCAGCCAGGAAAACACGCCCUCUCGCAGUCACUCAUUUAAUAAGGAAAACCAUCUUCGCAGUAUGCAGUCCCAAAUGAGGCGCAGAGAUGGGGGGAUAAGCAGUGACAUUCAGGAGCUGGAGGCUUCACUCAGGCAGCAGGAGGUGGUGAGGGAGCAGGAGACGCCCGCUGAGGAGAUCGCCCGUCUCAAAGAAGCCUCACAUGCUGACCACUUAAAUAUGGACCGAGAGCUUUCCGUGCCUGACAAAGUGCUGAUUCCUGAGCGUUAUGUGGAGUCAGACCCCGAGGAGGCUCUGAGUCCUGAGCAGGAGGCUGAUAAGCAGAGGAAAGUUGAUCGCAUCAAAGCCCUCAUAGCCAAAAACAGUAUGCAGAAUGUGCUGCCUAGUAUGGCUCUGAGCCCAGAGGAGGACACUGAAGUGGAGGUUACCGUACAGGAGAAAGAGAAGAUGAUUAAUAUCUCCUACGAGCUGGCAGCAGAGGCCUCCAAACGCAGCAAGCUGGUAGCAGUGAAAAGCCCGUCGUCCUCUUCCCCACCCCUACCACAGUCUCCUAACUCACCCCCUCAACUCACUGAUGGGUCUCACUUCAUCACAGGCUCUGGCCUCAGUGAAAACCUACACAUGAAGGAAACAGCAGUGGAGGUGUAAAGAUGCCCCUGAAGACUUCCCUGAGGACAUCAGCACAAGGCCACGGCCUACAGACAGUGAAACUGCCUACUCCGUACUCUGGGGUGUUAACCUCCUGACUUCUGUAUGCUCACUGUGACGUCUUAAGCUCUUAGCCACCAACAAAAACUUUCUCUGUGACAUUUCUCUGUAUUUUGCCUCUUUGGGGCACCACACAAUACAGCUUUCAUACUGUUAUGGUUGCAGUUCCGUUUUCAGUUUUUACAAGGCUUUUAAGGUUAUUUUUCAUUAUUUAUAUGGUUUUAUUAGGUUCUUGUUUGAAUAUUGGCCAACAUGUAUGUAUGUAUGUAUAUAUAUAUAUAUAUAUAUAUAUAUAUAUAUAUAUAUAUAUAUAUAUAUAUAUAUAUAUAUAUAUAUAUAUAUAUAUAUAUAUAUAUAUAUAUAUAUAUAUAUAUAUAUAUAUAUUAGGCUAAUAGACUGAAAUCUGUUUUGAGCCUAAGGGCCUGUGACAAAAUGUUUUGGCCACAUUUUUCAUACACUACCUGUCCUAAAAGGUUUCAAAAACAUAUUUUCACAUCAUUUUAGCUCACUUAAUCUUUUAUAAGUCAUUCAGUUUGUUUUUUAGACACCAUUCAUUAACUAACCAUUCAUAUUUAUCCAUUUAUUGUAAAGAACAUUUGUCGAUGCAAAAGGCGAGUUUAUAAAGAGAUGUAGAUCCCUCCAUUAUAAGGAAAGGAGGAGCCACUUUAUUGCUACAGACAAAGAUUAUUUGUAAUUUUUCCUGUUUCUGGGUUGUAAUUAUUUAAAAAUGGGAUCUUCUGCAGUCCCUGUCGCAUUGUUGCCGA